ACGUCGGAAAAAGAUGUUAUAAAAGUUCAUGAAUUACUAAGCGCCGUUGUAUAAUACCUUGUUAGUUAGUCUUGCUUAUUUUAUAUGCAUCCUCUAAAUUGAUCUCCUCAGUGAAAGUGGCUAGAUUUCCUUGUAGUAACAUGCUGAUACAUAAAAAUAAUUCCCCAAAAUAACAACAGCAUCAAACAUCAUCAGUACUACAGAUAGAAACGCAACGCUAUGAUUUCUAUUGGCAUUGAUGAAACGCAUUGUGUUUUAAUUGAUUUUUAACUGGUUUUGAUAAAAUAAUUACACUUGCUUCUAUCGUUGCUUAUCAGCGUUACCCCAUGUAAUGGAUUGAUUUCGAUUCCAAUCAGACUGAUCUCAAUUAGCCAGGCCAUAAAAUGUGAAAGCCUUCUUCUCAUGUAAGUUAUGGCACAAUGGUUCUUUCCAUGCACUUUUGAGGACGUUCACAUAGAUCAAUUCGAAUAUUACCAAAUAGAUGGAAGAUGUGUUUAAAUAUUCUUCAUAAAUCUAAACAUAAAGUGCCCAGCACUGUUCAGAACCUACCGGCUGCUCGUGUAAACUCCAUAAACUUAUUAUUGUUCGUGGGUUCCAGUACAAAAUGGCCGGCGAAUGGGACAUCAAUGAUGCGCACAUCCCCUUCAUCCAGGAGCUAACGUACGAGAAGUUCAACGAAUGGGCCGACGGCCACGUGCGGCACGUGUACCACCCGACGGACGAUCACGCCCGCAAGCACAUCUCGGGCUGGGCGAUGCGCAAUACGAACAACCACAACGUAAGCAUCCUGAAGAAAAGCUGUCUCGGUGUGCUCAUCUGUACCGCGCGCUGUAAGCUACCGAACGGGGGCCAAAUCAAUCUGCGUCCCGCCAUCUGUGAUAAGGCACGCCGGAAGCAACAGGGACGGGCCUGUCCCAAUCGGCACUGCAAGGUGGGUCGGUUGGAGGUGCUGCCGUGCCGUGGACACUGUGGCUAUCCCGUCACGCACUACUGGCGCCACACGGAGAAAGCCAUCUUCUUUCAGGCGAAAGGGAACCAUGACCAUCCGAAGCCGGAAUCGAAGACGUCCGGUGAAACGAGAAAGAUGAUUGGAGCGACGGGCAACGGCACGAAGGGUGCGGCGGCCAAGAGUAAGAAGUUGUCCGUGCUGUUGCUUCGAGAUGCGGCACUGGGGAAUAAGCUUAUGUCGCUGAAAGCAUCGAGUAAGGUGAAUGGUGGCACUACGGGAUCGGAAAUACUUCAGCCACCGCCUCUGAUUCCUGAUCCAAGUUAUGAAGACUCUUCCAAGUGCUCAACGUGCACGCGUACACCGUGCGUUUGUAGGACCAAGCUUGGAAUCAACUCGUCGGCUGCUUCUCUCACAAGAUCUUCCGAAGGAAUCGCCGGAACCGGUGCAUUCUUCGAUCCGUCUAAUACGCAUCAUACGCCCCUCCAGAAUCAUCUCCACUCCAGUACAACUUGGCAAUCGUACGAAUCGACCGUUGAGUCCUUCACACCGUCCUCCGGUUACGAAACCGCCAGUGGCCCUGCAAAUGGCUCCUGCGCAUCCAGCUUAAUGAACGAGUGCUUCCAUCCGGAAGAAAUCUUUCAACUAGAUCAGCCCCUUCGUCAACAGCAACAGCAGCAUCAACACCACAGCAGUGGCAAUGGAAGUGCAUCGGGUCUGGUGAAUCAACUUGCUACAACCACUCCGACCACUCUGCUCGACCUUGGUAGUGGAGCUAUAUACAAGAAAUGUAAUCAAAUAAGUCCCGAAUACAUAUUUGGCGCGACACCGGCUGGUGGUGAACCGAUUGCUGGAACGUAUUCCAAUCAAUCCUGCUCCUAUGUACCGUCCACAAACGAAAGCUGUAUCGCACCGGUAUCUUCCGAUCAUCACCUCGGGAAAUACUUUGCAAACGAUUCGGGUUAUAGUAAUCUUCCGCAUGAAGACAGCUCCUCCAAGGAUGUCCUAAGAUACAUCAAGAAAGAGGUUGGCUCUACCCCUACCGGGAAGGGUACCAUCGCAGACACCUCGCUAAGUGUGUCACGAUCGCGACAGUACGAUUGUGAUCAAAUUCAAUACAAAAAAUCGUCCUACACCUCCUACCGAGGGACAUCCACCGGUGGGACCUACUUUAGCAACAGUAUCAACAAUAAUAGCAGCAGUAUCGUCAAUAACAACAACAACAUCCCCUCGGUGGGGCCACACAGCAAACAGGCAAAUUACGACCAUCUAAUAACAAACGAGGCUACCGUCAAUUAUGGUUAUCACUCUUCGGACCUCACCACAUCACCCGGUGGCCAUACGAACGCGACCUUCCCAGAGCAGUCGUACAGUACGAGCAGUUGCAGCUACAUGAAUUCAUCUCUAGGAGGCGGGCAAAACAACCAGGAGGCACACUAUUCCUAUGCUGCCGGUGAUAAUUACCGGUUUGGGAGCAAUUACGUGAAAGGAUCGUCCCUGGCGCCCAUCCACGGUGGCACAUCGUUUCAAGCGUCCGCCAUGCAACAGAUGCAUCCAGAGCUACCGUUGGCGGCGUACGAUUUCUACUAGUGAUCGACACAGGUUGGGGAAAGCCAAGUGGGUGUGAUGUGCUGAAGAAUAAAUGAUUGAUAAGAGAUAAGUCUGUAAUUUGUUAUUGCGUAAUUUGUGAAUUAAGUAUUCCCUAAUUAAGGUUAAGGUUUCAA